CACAAUUGAGUUCAUUACUGUUAAGGAAGAGAAUAUUGAAGAGAUCACUAAGGAGCAUCACCAGGAAAAAAAGAGAGAAAAUGUUGAGGAUGAUGAAGUGAAUGCUGUCUAUAUAAAAAGUGAAGAAGUUUAUGUAAAUCAUGAAAAUACAGUGUCUGAAUUCAAAAGUCUUGAGAAAGUAGAAAGAAAUGGCUUAGAUGUGCUGAUGUGUGAAGAUGAAGAUCCAUUGCUACCACUGCCAUUUGUGGCUAAGGAUUUGGGGAAUAACUGCUCACCAAAUGAUGAGGUGCUGCAGGAGACUGUCAAAGAGGUAAGACAUAAAAAAGUUAAUGCAAAAAAACUUUUUAGUUGUGAAGUAUGUGAAAAAAAAUUCACUUUGCAGAGUAAUCUGAUAAUUCAUAAAAGAGUACAUACAAAGGAGAAACCUUAUGUCUGUGAAGUAUGCAGAAAAGCAUUUUCUGAGAAAGGUAAUCUUCUGAAGCACAUGAGAGUACAUACAAAGGAAAAGCCAUAUAACUGUGAAAUAUGUAGCAAGGCAUUUUCACAGAAACAUCAUCUAGUGCACCACAUGAGAGCACAUACAAAUGAGAAGCCAUUUAGGUGUGAUAUUUGCAGCAAAGCUUUCUCUGUGAAAAGUUAUCUAGUGCGUCACAUGGGAGUACAUACACAAGAAAAACCUUUCAGUUGCCAUGUAUGUAGCAAGUCUUUUAUUAGGAAAAGUGAUCUGGUGACACAUCUGAGAAUACAUACGAAUGAGAAACCUUUUAGUUGUGAAUUAUGUAACAAGGUGUUUUCUACAAAAAGUAAUUUAGUAAAACAUAGUAGAACACAUGCAAAGAAGAAGCCAUAUAGUUGUGAAAUAUGCUUGAAGGCUUUCUCUGAGAAAGGGAAUCUUCAGCAGCACAUGAGAGUACAUACACAGGAAAAGCCAUAUAAUUGUGAAAUAUGUGACAAGAUUUUCUCUCAUAAAUGUAAUCUUGUGAAGCACAUGACAGUACAUAAAAGGGGAAAACCUUAUAGUUAGUUUAUCUAUAGUGACAACAAACACACAAGGUAGAAACUGAAGGACAAUUAAAUAGUAGUAGAUUAACAUGCUAUUGUUCUACUUGGGAAGCUUGGGAAGUAAUUGAUGAUGAUUCUAAACAAUAUAUACCUUGUAUAGAGCUUUAUUGAAAGUUUGAAUGUGUAGUGGCUUGUAUUUUCUGUGACCAAUUUCAUUCUUGACAAAAUGCUUUCAUUGUGAAGAGG